AUGAUUCAACAAUUUCAGCUCACCUCUUCCGACAAACUCAUCAGAACUCUCAGUCGUUUGGGCGAUAAAGAAGAGUGCUAUCCUUCUGCUUGUGCUCAAAUGACGGCUACAGCGCCAUGGAUCUUCCGUUGUGCCGCUCAGAUU